AUGAUUGCAGGAAGGACAAAUAUGGAUUAAAUUGAUAACUUUUUAUAAACAAAUCUUGAAUAAAAGUUGAGGAAUUCUUUUAUUUACUUCCCGCUUUUUUUCCUCCACUGUCGGUGGAUUCGCUGAUAAUUGGACCAGCUCAGCCUUUCUGAUUGGUUGUGCGUUCCGGAGGGGGGGAUCCAGUGUGGGCGGGGGGAGCCAGGAGCCUCCACCGCCUCCCUCCAUCCGAGCCUCGGAGUGGAGAGGCGCGCGGCAGCAGAGGAGGAUGAGAGCGGACAGGAGCGCAUGCCAAACUUUGAUCAGGCUGCCGGAUACGCACGCGGGAAGCCCGGACCAGGAUUUAUUUGCUGGCUCAGACUAACCAGGAGCAUCUGAAUGACGAUGAUGUCCUUCUGCUCCGUCUGCUGAGGACCGCCGGAACAGAUUCAACUCGACAAAAGCCAUUUCCUUUCAUGGUUCGAGCUCCAGACGACGCUUUUCCUGAACAAAUUCUACCUCCUCAAGAGGCUCGUCACCCGGAAAUCACAACUAUGGAAGAAUUCCCGUCAGUUUUGACCCAAUGUUGAAACACUAAGUUUGGAUUUCAGGAGGCGCCGCGCACAAAGGUUACGUUUAAUUUUCCUGCUCGAUGAUGGUCUGACCUCCACAUCUAAUUAGCUGCGGACAAACGGCCUCACUCUCACCUACCUGCUGGCCUCAGCAGAUACUGUAAUAGUGUUGUGUCUGUUCCACACGCCUCAGUCCGGCCCGUCUACGGUCUUCUCUUUUAGACCACGCUGACCUUGCCGGUGACCAGUGGCUGUUUGUUUGCCUCCACAUCAGAAAGUGUCACUGCUUGUCUUCUCUGAUUAGGAGUGAAAAUGAGAGCUGAUGGGACGGAGCGCCUCUGAUAAAUAAGGAAAAUAACGGCCUGAGGCGACUCCCACCCCAAACAAAUGAGCGCCGUUACUCAUUUUAGUCACUUCUUCCAGCAACAAAGUUGUUGGCAGUCCUGAGAAGUGUGCACUUAGAUUCUCAUAAAUCUCUUUGAAAGACCACACCCCCCGAUGAACACCUUCCCGUCCUUCUCCACCCCUCCACCCAGCACCCCGACCCUCCAGUCGGUGUGUAAGCCCUGCCUUCGGGCCCCGUGGAGGAUGAACGAUGUGGCCACACUGGACUACGAGUUGCUGCUGUCUCCAUCCAGCUCCUCGCUGCCCGGCGGCCCUGGCGGCGGCAGCAGCAGCGCCCCCCUGAACUUGGUGGUGGUGGACACCGAGCAGCGGACUGCCUUGGCCUUCGUCGGCCUGCUGUUGCUCUUCUUGGUCUUCCUGCUGGUCAGGUGCUUCAGGAUCCUGCUGGACCCCUACAGCCGCAUGCCCGCGUCAUCCUGGACUGACCACAAGGAGGGGCUGGAGAGGGGUCAGUUUGAUUAUGCACUGGUGUAGAGAGUUUGUUAUGGGAAGGAGAGUGUUUGCUCACAUCCUACUUUCUGUUUGGGUUUUGUUGAGGAUUUUAACAUUUGUUUGUCGAUCCACUGGAAUUGUUACCUUUUGGUUUGGUUUAGGUCACAGCGUUCUGGUGCAAAUCAGGAACAUUUGAAACCUCAAUAACACAGAUCUCAAACUCCAGGCCUCGAGGGCUAGUCUCCUACAAGUUUUCCAAUUAACCUGCCAUUGGAAAUUGCCAGUAAUUUCCAGAAUUGAUUCAAUUCCCAUUUUUAAAAAUGUCUUUCAAUCCUCUCAAUUCAACUUUAAGUUUACACGUUUUGGGCAUUUAUACUCAUUUGUUUAGAAAUACAUUAAUAAUCUAUAUACGUUUUAAAUGUAUUAGUGAAAUA